UGUUGACUUCAAAGCCCAUAAGGCAGUUCUGGCGGCCUGCAGCGAGUACUUCAAGAUGCUCUUCGUGGACCAGAAGGACGUGGUACACCUGGACAUCAGUAACGCGGCAGGUACCCCGUGGGGUCCAGGGCCACGCUGGCGGAGGCUCGGAGGCUGUGGUCGGAUCUGUACCAUGCACGGCCCUCCUGACAUUCCCGAUGUGGCCCCUGCCCUCCCGGGGGGGGGGGCAUCUUCGAGCUGUGGGCUGCACCAGGCCUCCCAUAGGGGACCCAGGCCAUGAAAGUGUGGGCACCGAGUUCCUUCCACCUUCGAGGGGCCUGUUUUGACGGGGACCUGGGUGGUCAGAGGAGAACAGACAGGAAGGACUCACGGUAAGCUCUGGGCUGGAGUGUACCCAGUAUAGCUCAUCAGGAGGGACAGAGAACAGGGGCGCUCUUCCCAGCCCCUGACCCCUUCCCAUGGUCGAGUCCGUCCUGCACCCCUACCCCUGUGCUGACCAUGAUGGGGAUGGCCAUGGCUGUAGCUCGGAGGGGUGUCAGGAACACCUGGGGAUUGAGAGGGAGAACUGGUCUUGGAUUUGGCUCCUAACCCAGAAUGGCAGGACCUGCCAUGAGAAGGUUAGGGUGAGGUGGUGUUCCCCCAGUUUACAGAUACGGAAAUUGAGACCCAGACAGGUCUCAGUGACUAGCUUGGAGGUCGGAUAGUUGUGACAGAGCCCUCGUGAGAGCCAGUGCUGAUACCCUCUUGUUGGAGUGUCCUUCAGUUGGGGCCUCGGUCAGGUGCUGGAGUUCAUGUACACAGCCAAGCUGAGCCUAAGCGCUGAGAACGUGGACGAUGUGCUGGCCGUGGCCAGCUUCCUGCAGAUGCAGGACAUCAUCACAGCCUGCCAUGCCCUCAAGUCCCUUGCGGAGCCAGACGCCAGCCCUGGGGAGAGCGCGGUGGCUUCGGCCACGGAAGGAGGAGACAAGAGAGCCAAAGAGGAGAAGGCGGCUGCCCCCACGCUGAGCGAGCUGGACCCCGCCGGCAGCGGUCCCCCCACAGGCCUGGGCAGGGAGCCCAAGGAGGAGCGGGGUGGCCAGGCCGAGACCACGGCCAGUGGGGCCGAGCAGACGGAGAAGGCUGACGCCCCCCGGGAGCCACCGCCUGUGGAGCCCAAGCCCGACCCAACCAGUAGCAUGGCAGCCGCAGAGGCAGAGGCUGUGUUGUCAGAGAGCUCGGAGCAAGAAAUGGAGGUGGAGCCCGCCAGGAAAGGAGAAGAGCAGGAGGAGGAGGGCGCGGCUGAGGUCAAGGAAGAGGGGCCGCCGCUGGAGAAGGGGGAGGCCCCCGAGGAGAGCGAGGAGUCGGCCAGCACGGACUCGGGCCACGAGCUGGGCCCCGAGGCCCGGGGCCUGCGCUCCGGCACCUACGGCGACCGCACGGAGUCCAAGGCCUACGGCUCGGUCAUCCACAAGUGUGAGGACUGCGGGAAGGAGUUCACACACACCGGCAACUUCAAGCGGCACAUCCGCAUCCACACGGGCGAGAAGCCCUUCUCGUGCCGGGAGUGCAGCAAGGCCUUCUCGGACCCGGCCGCCUGCAAGGCCCACGAGAAGACCCACAGCCCGCUGAAGCCGUACGGCUGCGAGGAGUGCGGCAAGAGCUACCGGCUCAUCAGCCUGCUGAACCUGCACAAGAAGCGGCACUCGGGCGAGGCGCGCUACCGCUGCGAGGACUGCGGCAAGCUCUUCACCACGUCCGGCAACCUGAAGCGCCACCAGCUGGUGCACAGCGGCGAGAAGCCCUACCAGUGCGACUACUGCGGCCGCUCGUUCUCCGACCCCACGUCCAAGAUGCGCCACCUGGAGACGCACGACACCGACAAGGAGCACAAGUGCCCGCACUGCGACAAGAAGUUCAACCAGGUGGGGAAUCUGAAGGCUCACCUGAAGAUCCACAUCGCCGACGGGCCCCUCAAGUGCCGGGAGUGUGGGAAGCAGUUCACCACCUCAGGGAACCUGAAGCGGCACCUGCGGAUCCAUAGCGGGGAGAAGCCGUACGUGUGCGUCCACUGCCAGCGGCAGUUCGCCGACCCCGGUGCCCUGCAGCGGCACGUCCGCAUCCACACGGGCGAGAAGCCGUGCCAGUGCGUGAUGUGCGGCAAGGCCUUCACCCAGGCCAGCUCCCUGAUCGCGCACGUGCGCCAGCACACCGGGGAGAAGCCCUACGUCUGCGAGCGCUGUGGCAAGAGAUUUGUCCAGUCCAGCCAGUUGGCCAAUCACAUCCGCCACCACGACAACAUUCGCCCUCACAAGUGCAGUGUGUGCAGCAAGGCCUUCGUGAACGUGGGGGACCUGUCCAAGCACAUCAUCAUCCACACCGGAGAGAAGCCUUACCUGUGUGACAAGUGCGGUCGUGGCUUCAACCGAGUGGACAACCUGCGUUCCCACGUGAAGACCGUGCACCAGGGCAAGGCGGGCAUCAAAAUCCUGGAGCCCGAGGAGGGUGGUGAGGUCAGUGUGGUCACCGUGGAUGACAUGGUCACGCUGGCCACUGAGGCACUGGCGGCAACGGCCGUCACUCAGCUCACAGUGGUACCAGUGGGGGCCGCGGUGACCGCUGAUGAGACGGAAGUCCUUAAGGCCGAGAUUAGCAAAGCUGUGAAGCAAGUACAGGAGGAAGACCCCAACACCCAUAUCCUCUAUGCCUGCGACUCCUGUGGGGACAAGUUCCUGGAUGCAAACAGCUUGGCCCAGCACGUGCGGAUCCACACGGCCCAGGCAUUGGUCAUGUUCCAGACGGACGCGGACUUCUACCAGCAGUACGGGCCGGGCAGCGCGUGGCCAGCCGGGCAGGUGCUGCAGGCUGGGGAGCUGGUCUUCCGCCCUCGGGAUGGGGCCGAUGGCCAGCCCGCUCUGGCAGAGACGCCCCCCACAGCCCCUGAAUGUCCGCCGCCUGCUGAGUGAGCAGGCGUCCCUCCUUGUGACUGUUUAUUUAAGGAUGGAUGGCACCCUGGAUCUGAGAGGGGUGGCCCCGUUCCCUAGAGAGAAUAAAUUUGAUUAUUUUCUAA